AUGCCGGCGCCGCGCUCGGCUCUGCUUCUUCUCUUACCCGUAUUGGGCUUUACAUUCUGGUUGCUCUUUUCGUCUCCUUCGCCCGAAACUUUGCAAGUCGCACAUAGUCGCAUUCACUAUCGGCCUCCUAUCUAUCAUACGCAUCCUCCCACAUGGCUUGAACGCGAGGAGGCCGCAUACCGGGAAUCUCUCGCAGAGCGGACCGCUUUGAUCAAGACAUGGGGCCCUCAACUGCAUGAAGUUGAAUCGUUCCCGCCAAACUGGAAGAUGUACACCCUGUGGGACUUCUUCACGCCUUCCUUCCAAUGUCCGUACCGUACCACGAGGGUCGGCCGUCGCGGCGACGGCGGUAAGUGGAUCUGCGGUAUGGAGGAGGUGGCGGCGAAACCCGCUUGCGUAGUCUAUUCCUUCGGCGUGAACCGUGACAGCUCCUUUGAAGCAGCUGUACUGGAGAAGGCGCCUCAUUGCGAGAUCUGGGGCUAUGACUUUAGCGUUAGCAACUGGGGGCCUGAACUCUCUGAGAACCCGGUAUAUGCUGCGCAGUCGCAUUUCAACGCGUUUGCCCUUGCCGGACGGGACGCGCACAGCCCAACUGACAGCCCGAAGAUGUACACCCUACAAUCCCUCAUGGCCAUGAAUGGUCAUGAUCAUAUUGACAUCCUCAAGGUUGAUAUCGAGGAGGCCGAGUUCGAUGUGCUCGGCGAGCUCGUCGCGUCGUACGCGGAGAAGAACGAGCCUCUACCAUUCUCUCAACUUCAGCUCGAGAUCCACGCAUGGCACCAGCACGCCGAGUUCCCCUACUUCCUCAAGUGGUGGGAAUCACUCGAAGCGGCUGGUCUUCGUCCUUUCUGGUUCGAACCGAACCUCAUACAUGUCAACCUGUUGCGAGGCGUGCCGCCUGAUGUCGCCGAGUACGCAUUCCUCAACAUCCGGGGCAAGCAGGGUCUUGUUCCCGAAUUGGACUUCUAA